UAAGAUGCUAAAACCCAUCGCGUCAAAACCAAAGACGCCAUGUUCAACUCUUCGAAUCCACUCGUUCACUCUCUUACUCCUCCAUUGAAACUCAGCAGCAACCUCUUCUUCAUCUCCGUCCCCAAACCUUCGAACCUCUGUACCAGAGCCCUCAAACCUGCCACCGCUAACUUCUCGCUUUCCUACUCGCUCGAGUCACCGUCCAACCAACUCAGCCUCGCCCAUUCCCUCCAGUCCGAAACCCUAGAAAUCCUAGAAUGGGCCUCGGUCUGCAAGCAGCUCUCGGCGUUGGCGUUCACCGCCAUGGGCUUCUCCGCCGCGCAGGAGGCCCACAUUCCCGUCGGCCGGUCCCAGGAGGAGAGCCAGAAGCUUCUCGAUCAGACGACCGCGGCGGUGGAUGCCAUCACGAUGGCCGGUUCUCCGCCGUCCGAUUUCUCGGCCAUCGAGAACGUCUCGGACAUCGUGAGCUACGCGGUUUCAGGCAAAUUGCUUAGCAUCAACGAGCUCUGCGCUAUGCGUAGGACACUGAACGCCGCGAAGGGAUUGUUCGAAAAAUUGAAGGGCUUGGCUUUGAGUGCAGAUUGUACAGACAGGUACUUGCCCCUGCUUGAAAUACUUGACGACUGUGAUUUCCUAGUGGAGCUGGAGAAAACGAUAGGAUUGUGCAUAGAUUGCAAGCUUUCAAUAAUUGUUGACACAGCUAGUGAAGACCUGGAGAUCAUUAGGUCAGAAAGGAAGAGUAACAUGGAAAAUCUGGAUUCUUUGUUGAAGGAAGUGUCAACCCAGAUUUUUAAAGCUGGUGGCAUUGACAGUCCUUUGGUGACUAAGCGCAGGGCUAGGAUGUGUGUGGGUGUUAGGGCUACUCACAAACAUUUGCUUCCGGGUUGCAUAGUUUUGGAUGUUAGUAGUUCUGGCGCAACAUACUUUGUGGAACCCAAAGAGGCUGUGGAGUUGAAUAACAUGGAAGUGAGGCUUUCAAAUGCUGAGAGAGCUGAGGAAAUAGGCAUUUUGAGCUUCCUUACAUCGGAAAUUGCAAAAUCAGAAACACCGAUAAUGUAUUUGUUAGAUAAAGUUCUAGAAGUGGAUCUUGCUUUUGCUAGAGCUGCUUAUGCUCUACGGAUGAAUGGGGUAUGCCCAAUUUUUAGUUCCAAGGAUUGCCAGGACUUAGAUUCUGGUGGCGCCAGUUUAGCGACAACUGUAGAUAUAGAAGGACUACAACAUCCAUUGCUGCUUGAGCCAUCUCUUAAAAAUUUAUCUGACGUUCUUGAAUCCAGUUCUAGAAAUCACCUUUCCUCCGAUGACGUUAAUGGUUUAAAAAUGAUUACUGGAAGUUUAUCUGGUCGUGCAUCUGAUUUUCCAGUGCCAAUAGACAUCAAAAUUGGAUGUGGCACCAGAGUGGUUGUAAUCUCAGGACCUAAUACUGGAGGAAAAACAGCUUCCAUGAAAGCUUUGGGCCUGGCAUCUCUCAUGUCGAAGGCUGGCAUGUACCUGCCUGCUAAAAACCACCCAAAGCUUCCGUGGUUUGAUCUUGUUCUAGCCGAUAUUGGAGAUCACCAGUCUCUUGAGCAAAAUCUCUCAACGUUUAGUGGGCACAUAUCGCGGAUCUGUAAUAUUUUGGAAGUGGCCUCAAAAGAAUCACUUGUCCUCAUUGAUGAAAUUGGCAGUGGAACCGAUCCUUCAGAAGGUGUUGCUCUUUCUGCCAGCAUCUUGCUAUAUCUCAAAGGCCGUGUUAACUUAGCUGUUGUGACUACUCAUUAUGCGGAUUUAAAUCGCCUGAAAGAAAAGGAUAAUCAGUUUGAAAAUGCCGCCAUGGAAUUUUGUCUAGAAACCUUACAACCUACUUAUCGGAUCCUAUGGGGAAGUACUGGUGAUUCAAAUGCAUUGAGUAUUGCUAAAUUGAUUGGUUUUAAUCAACGCAUAAUUGAGCGUGCACAAAAAUGGGUGGAGAGGUUAAUGCCCGAAAAGCAACAGGAGCGAAAAGGUUUGCUAUAUCGGUCAUUAAUAGAGGAAAGAGGCAGACUAGAAGCUCAGGCAAAACUGGCUGCAUCACUUCAUUCAGAUAUCAUGGAUCUUUAUCGUGAGAUCCAAGAUGAGGCAGAAGAUCUUGAUAAGCGCAAGAGAGCUCUUAUGGCAAAGGAAACCCUACAGGUUCAGAAAGAAGUGAAGACUGCAAAAUCUCAAAUGGAAUCUGUGCUGAACGAGUUUGAUAACCAACUCAAAACUGCUGGUGCUGAUCAGUUGAAUUUGCUGAUUAGGAAAUCAGAAGCUGCAAUUGCAUCUGUUAUUAAGGCUCAUUGUCCUGAUGAUGAUUUGUUGGUUAGUGAGACAUCUACUGCUUCAUACACGCCCCAACCUGGGGAGCAAGUCCAUUUGAAGAGACUGGGAGAUAAGUUAGCUACUGUUGUUGAAACACCUGGAGAUGAUGGGACAGUCCUUGUACAAUACGGUAAAAUAAAGGUUCGCUUGAAGAAGAAUGACAUCAGAGCUGUUCCUAGCAUUGAGAAGAAUCGAAUGACAAAUUCUGCCCCACGUUUGAAGCAGCAGGCUUCGCAGAGUCGUACUGGGGAAACCGAAAGCGGGGAGGUCACCUAUGGUCCAGUGAUACAAACGUCAAAGAACACCGUGGAUCUCCGUGGCAUGAGGGUGGAGGAAGCUUCUGACCUCCUGGACUUGGUCAUCUCUGCUAGACAAUCUCAAUCAGUUCUCUUUGUCAUACAUGGGAUGGGCACAGGGGUUGUUAAAGAGCGAGCACUUGAGAUUUUGAAAAACCAUCCACGAGUAGCCAAGUAUGAACAAGAAAGUCCAAUGAAUUAUGGUUGUACAGUUGCUUACAUCAAGUAAAAUGACACUCUACUGAUCCGCGAACAUUGUCUUACAGUCCUACAACAUGGGUAAACCAUCAUCCAGACAUAGUCACUCAUUCUUUUCGAUCUUCAUGUAAAUACUUUUUUUGGCACUGACCAGUUUUAGUGUUAUGCUGGGUCAAAGUACCCUCACAAUUUUGUAAAAUUGUACCCAGCAGUCUAUUUGAUAGGAUUUUGUACAUUAAGCUACUAUUUUUUCCCUCUUAAAUUCCAUUAUUACAACA